AUGCCCCCCAAAAGAGCAACUCGCCGCGCAGGCGGGACUCCUCAACGGCCAUCUAGCAUUACUGAAACUGGAUAUCAGUCAAUACUUGAGCAAUCCCGUAACCAACCAGAUUUACCGAGUAUUCCAAUCGGGGCAUCAUGGAACUAUGGAGCAGCCACUACAACGGCUGUGCCCCAGCGCAUGACUAUACGCCCUACUAUGAAUAUUGAUCAGAUGGCCGAAACAGUGGAAGCCCGCUUGGAGAUCGCCCGAGAACGAACAGCGGCCGCAAAGAAAAGGCAGCCACAAGCACGCCAAUCAAAGCGUGAGCCAACACCCGACCAAACACAACUUCAGCAGUCCCUGUACAAUGCGACAACAGACCAGCACUCUGAUAAGACUCCUACACCCCCUAUUCCACAUGCGGUAUCCACCGAUUCCAGCCCAGAGGCUGAGCCCCCUUUACAACGACGACUGUCGAACUCUCCACUAUAUCCAUCACCGCUUCAGCGACCUGGUGGCUCCCGGCAUGGCUCCAUCGGAAGCUGGUCUUCUCGUCACAGCUCUGUGGACAACGCUUCCGAGGCUUCGUGGAAUCUUGAGCGUGAUAUCAACGAAGAUGAUUUGCAACGAACGAGACCAAGUAAAUACCGUGGCGAGAAACAUGGGCACAAUAUAUCAGCGCCCCCUCGGCGUGUUUCUGGUCUGGCCAACGUUCCCGAAGAAGAUGAGUCGUCUAUCAAAUCCGAACCCGAACCCGGGGCGUGGAACCCCGUCGCGCAAACGCCUCCCCCAGACUUCCCUCCUGGCCCGCCAAGGCAAAGCUUCCUACGUCGAUGGUUAGCAUCAAUGAAGCCCCGAAGAUCUAUCGUCGACAAGAGUACCGUUCCAAGUGACGAUCCUACUCCGGCGCGCCGAGGAAGCUUGCUGCCGAUAUUGCUGGAAAAAGCACACAGUGGUCCCUACUCAAGCUUGUAUCUGGCAGCAAUAUGGCUGUUCCUGAUUUUGGGAUCAAUGUCGUGUUGUCUCGUAGCUCUGAAAGUCCACCAAACCCUAUAUCCACCAGAAUGGGACUGGGAUUCGCCUACUGUGAACAUGUCUCAUCCCGAGGUUUUCCACGGUCUUCGAAACCAGAUUUCGAAAAUGGACGUCAAAAUGUCUUCAUUAUCAAGCGAGUUGAGCUCUGUCGUGUCAGAGCAGUCACUUUCCAACGUUCACGAUUCAACACCCACAGAUGUCGCCGUCCACCGGAGGCCCAUCCACAAGGUAAAUUUCCUAUCGGUAGGGCUGGGCGCACUAGUCGACCCAUCGAACACUUCUCCGACGCUGGGAUCGAAGCUUGGCGUUCCAGCACGCGCAUUCCUAUGGUUUGCCCCGACUGCAGCCAAGAACAUAGUUCGGGCAUCGCAACCUCCCGUCUCCGCCCUGACUCCAUGGGAAGAGGUAGGCGACUGCUGGUGCAGCCCAACGCGCAACGGUACGACCCAACUCUCCGUCCUCCUCGGCCGCGACAUCGUCGCCGAAGAGCUACAAGUCGAACACAUCCCUGUCGGCGCCUCGCUCGAGCCAGAGGCGGCACCACGAACCAUCGAGCUCUGGGCGCGCUUCAAAGUAAACCCGCACAAAACACCCGUCAAAGCCAAACGCACUCCCGAGGCGACACCCCGUCGCGGCUUAUUCUCCGUCUUCGGCGAUGCAACCGUAUCACUGGAGCCACCAGCAACACAGGCCCCUUCAUCGCGCGAGACGGGACUAGGCGGCUUCUUAAUCCCAGGUAUUGGCUCGCUCCACGAGCUAAUUAUGGACUUGCUGCGUCGGAGCAACCCCUCCGAGCCGGAAACCGCUUACUCGGACGACCCCAUUCUCGGGGAGAACUUCUACCGCAUCGGCAAGAUGGAAUAUAACAUCCACAGCCCGGACAACGUGCAGGCUUUCAAGCUCAACACCAUCGUCGAUGUGUCGACGAUUCGCGUCGACAAGGUCGUUUUCAGGGUCACAUCUAAUUGGGGUGCUAGCCAUACCUGCAUCUACCGGUUUAAGCUACACGGGCACAUCUAG